AUGAAUGACGUAACUGAGCAAGGCAAACUAGACACCUUAGCUAGAGACGGCUUUAAGGCGCCAAUCCGAUGGGGUAUCGCAAGUGCAGGUCUUAUCAGCUCAGAUUUCGUGAAUGCCAUUGAUAUUUCACCUUACAAAGCCGAUCAUGAGGUGGUGGCCGUUGCUGCUCGGAGCCAAGCUAAGGCUGAAGAGUUCGCUAAAACUUUUGGCAUCAAAAAAGCCUAUGUCGGCUAUGAAAGAUUGGCCGAGGAUCCCGAUAUCGAUGUGGUGUACGUGGGUACCAUUAACAUAGCACAUCUUGACAACUGCCUGAUGUUAAUCAACGCCGGAAAGAGUGUCUUGUGCGAGAAGCCCAUGGGCAUGAACGUCAAGGAGACGAAGCAAGUCCUGGAAGCGGCUCAAGCCAAGAAUGUAUUCGUCAUGGAGGCCAUGUGGACCCGUUGUAAUCCACUUCAACUCAAAAUACAAGAAGAUAUCAAAAAUGGUGUGAUAGGAGAUGUUAUGCAAGCCAAUGUUACCUUUGGAGGUAAAAUGGCAGCCGAUCGAAUUGUAAAGAAGGACCUGGGAGGUGGCAGCUUAUUAGUUGUGGGCAUUUACGCCAUUUAUGUCCUUCAAAUGGCUUUUGGCGAUGAAGUCCCGGAGAAAAUCAUUGCCACCGGGAACAAGAGUUCGGAGGGUGUUGAUCAUAGCGUUUCUGCCAUCCUCCAGUACAAAAAUGGAAAGAUGGGAUGUUUUUCCUUGAGUACUCAAAUAGCAUUGGCUAACGAAGCCCACAUUUUCGGAACAGACGGACAGAUCAAGGUUGGAAUCCCUAUGUGGGCCCCCAGCCACAUAAAUAUUAAGGGAAAAGAGCUGAAGAUAAACUUGCCCGAAUCCAAGAUCAAGUUUAACUUCCUCAAUUCAGCAGCUUUGGCUUUUGAAGCUGAACAUGUUCGCGAAUGUCUGUGUAAUGGAUUGAAGCAGAGUUACUUAGUUCCACAUUCAAUAACCCUAACAGUUGCCGAGAUCAUGGAGAACAUCCGCAAGCAAUUAGGUGUUGAGUAUCCUCAGGACAAAUGA